AGCAUACAAACACCAUGAUUUUGUCGCACACGAACUUAGUUGAACAUACAACUAGAUGUUGUAUGAGAAUUUAUUAGAAAUGAUCCUAAUAAAAGGUUAAGAUCCUUUCUAAAGCUUGAUUGCGGAUAAUAGCUAGUGGACGGUUCAAUUAUUGUAGCGGUGAAAGGAGGUUCAAUUAUUGUGGGCCACAGCAUACCAGCGACACCAGCGACGUACUUUGCAUCGUGACUCACAACUGAGGCAAAAGACAAAUCAAUAUAAAGAAUGCUUUCUUUAUCUCUUCAUAUUCCCAUUGACCUCCUCACAUCCCAAAUACCUCCUCCUUUUCGACAGGGAAACAACUUCCACACACCCCAAAUACAUCCUUCUUUUCUACAGAGAAAGAGAUGGACGGUUUGAAGCCAACCCCACCCAACUCAUCUCCUCUAACUCCAAUCGGAUUCCUAGAUCGAGCAGCUACCAUUUAUGGAAGCUGUCCAUCAAUCGUCUACAAAGACAUGGUCCGUACAUGGUCACAAACACACCAAAGGUGUAUCAAGCUCGCAUCAACCAUCUCCUCGAUGGGCAUUGGCAGAGGCGAUGUGGUGUCUGUCGUGGCCCCCAACAUCCCUGCGGUGUAUGAGAUGCACUUCGCGGUUCCCAUGUGCGGUGCCAUCCUCAACACCGUCAACAUCCGCCUCGCUAGCCGGACGAUUGCCGCGCUGCUUCUUCAUAGCGAGGCCAAGAUUGUGUUUGUUGAUUUCCAAUCUUGGUCCCUUGUUAAGGAUGCCGUUGGUAAGUUGGAGAAGCCGCCUCGUUUGAUAUUGAUAGAGGACGAAUUUGAAGAAGGCGGUCGAUGUCUUCCAUCAUCAUCACCGCCAUCCCAUGAUGAUCAGCUUACUUAUGAAAUGUUGGUUGAGAAGGGAAAUCCAGGGUUCCGAUGGGUGAGGCCUGAGAGCGAGUGGUCACCGGCGAUCCUGAAUUAUACGUCGGGGACGACUUCUUCCCCUAAGGGUGUGGUCCACUGCCACCGUGGCCUCUUCACCAUGGCCGUAUCUGCAUUGAUUGAGUGGACCGUCCCUAAGCAGCUCAUCUAUCUGUGGACACUACCGAUGUUCCAUGCCAAUGGUUGGAGCUUCCCAUGGGGGAUUGCUGCAAUGGGUGGGACCAAUGUCUUCGUUAGGAAAUUUGAUGCUGCAACCAUCUAUGCCAUGAUCAUCAAACAUGGUGUGACCCACAUGUGUGCUGCACCUGUCGUCCUAAACAUGCUAGCCAAUGCCCCAGAAUCCAUACGUCGGCCACUGCCGCACGCUGUCCAUAUCAUGACUGCAGGGGCCCCGCCGCCUGCUUCCGUGCUCUUCCGGACAGAGGCACUGGGGUUCACUGUAAGCCAUGUUUAUGGCCUGACGGAGACGGUGGGGCCAGUCCUCUCGUGUGCAUGGAAGGCUGAGUGGGACCAACUACCGGCAGCCGACCGUGCGAAAUUGAAAGCAAGGCAGGGCGUACAGACUCUUUGCAUGGAUGAGAUCGAUGUGAUUGACGGCGAGACGGGGGCCAGCAUGAAGCGGGAUGGAAUGACGCUUGGGGAGAUCGUGCUGCGUGGCAGCUGCAUUACAUUGGGCUACUUGAAAGACACCCAGGCGACUUCCAAGAGCCUCCGGGAUGGGUGGUUUUACACCGGCGAUGUUGGUGUAAUGCACCCUGAUGGUUAUGUAGAGAUCAAGGACCGAUCCAAGGAUGUUAUCAUAAGUGGCGGCGAGAACAUGAGCAGCGUCGAAGUUGAAUCUGUACUGUACUCGCAUCCCGCCGUUAAUGAAGCGGCAGUGGUGGCCCGGCCGGAUGAGUUCUGGGGUGAGUUGCCAUGUGCAUUUGUCAGCUUGAAAGAAGAUUACCAGAAGGAGGAGAAGAGGCCGUCGGAGAAGGAGAUUAUCGCGUUUUGUAGGGAGCGGUUGCCGCGCUACAUGGUGCCAAAGAUGGUCGUCUUCAGGGUGGAGCUUCCAAAGACUUCGACAGGUAAGAUUCAGAAGUUUUUGCUUAGGGACAUGGCCAGGAAAUUGGGUUAUGCUUCCUCCCUAGUGAGUCGGAUGUAGGGUGGAGGUCGUGUACUUAGUCGUGCCUGGUUCUUGAAUGACUCACUGAGUCACCAGAUGAGUUUGUUUCUUGAAUAUUAUGUAGUUGAAUUAUGUUUCUGCUGCAAGUGAUGUUAUAAUACUCUGUAUUUGUAUAUGAUUCAGUUGCAAGUCGGGUUGCUAGGCA